AUGUUGGCUGAACAGGCGUCAGAUCGAUGGGUCUUUGAAUAGAACUCCCCCUGGCUUCUAUGACCGAGUGUGGCAGAUCCUGGAGCGUACACCCAAUGGUAUCAUUGUAGCUGGGAAGCAUUUGCCACAGCAACCAACCCUGUCAGAUAUGACCAUGUAUGAGAUGAAUUUUUCUCUACUUGUUGAAGACAUGUUGGGAAAUAUUGACCAGCCAAAGUAUAGACAAAUUGUUGUGGAGUUACUAAUGGUUGUAUCCGUUGUACUGGAAAGGAACCCUGAGCUGGAAUUUCAAGACAAAGUAGAUCUGGACAAACUGGUGAAAGAAGCAUUUCAUGAAUUUCAAAAAGAUGAGAGUCAGCUAAAGCAAAUUGAAAAAAUAGAUGACAUGACUUCCUUUUACAACACUCCCCCCCUGGGAAAAAGAGGAACAUGCAGCUAUUUGACAAAGGUUGUAAUGAAUUUGCUGCUGGAGGGAGAAGUCAAGCCAAGCAAUGAUGACUCGUGUCUGGUUAGCUAGUGAGGAAUUUGUAAGAGGCUCUGUGAAGAUGCAUUCACUAGAAGAGUGUUAAGUUUUGUGUUAAAGUUUAAUCAAGGCAGCCAUUAGUGUAUGAACUGAUCAUGCUGGUGAGGUGAUCGCCACAUGCUUGGCACUUUCUUGAACUUUGCAUGAAUUGCCAGUCUAAUGCUGAGAAAUGCUUUUAAUCAAGGGAAAACAAGGAUUUCACGAUUAUACCAAUAUAAUAUAUUUACUGAACAAUAGAAGUUUAUGAAUUGAAAAUUCACUGCUGCAUGUUUUAUAGUCAGAUAGCACAUGAAAAUGAAUCUAUGCUCUUUCAGACUGAAUUCUUACCUUCUAUCAUUAAAAUGAACUUGUCAGCCAGUAACACUUACUGGGAAACAAAAGGUAUUGAAAGAAUGGUAAACAUUUUAUAAGUGGCAUCAUCAUGCUAGAAAAAGAUGUUAAUACCCAUCAUACAAACAAAAUUAGCCAUAUGAUAAUUUGAUUUUCAGAAACUGCAUUAUUAACUAAUUUAGUAUACAGAGCUGUUGUCCAGUUUUUGCCUUGUAAACAUGACUGUGGGUUUGAAUUUGCUAAGUGUAGGAUUUGGUCUAAAAUAUAACAUAAUAUAAUAAAUCCAAUAUAUUAUCAAAGAUUUUCUUUGAUCUCCAGCUAAAAAUUGGACAUGUAGAGUUAUUCAGAACUAUGUUACAUUUAGAGCUGUUAACCUUGUGAAAGCAAAAUUAAAAGUCAUUAAAUUUUAUUUCUGAAUUAACAUAUCUGGGCACAUUCUUUAUUUAAAUUCACAAUACUGAAUUUAAUAUGCCAGAAUAUUUUCAUUUAAUUGAUUUGGAUGUGGAAUGACGGAAAAUCUGUGGUACUUGCCAUCAUACAUAUUUUGCUACCAACUUACUUAAGCAAAUGUCAAUAAAAGUAAAAAGCAGAUUAAACAUUCAAAUUUUAUGAAUGCAUUUCCUUCCUAAAUGUUACAAUGCAGUGCAUUACUUUGAGCCUUGAUCCCAAAGAGUCAUUUUUUUGACCAGUCUUAAGGAGUUUCACCUGAGAAGUUAGAUUGUCAAAUAAAAUAUGCAAUCCGUUAGUAAGAGUCUGGAAAGAACUAAGAAAGGAGAGGUGAUUUCAGUAGCAAGUCAGUUGGUACCAAGUAAAUGAAUGUGUGAGCACACAGAGAAACCCAAAGAGUCAGUCUCAUUUCCCAUAACCCAUAAGCCUAGAUCUUGCAUAAGAAAUCGUAUAUACAUUAGUUGGCAAAACUGAAAAUUAUAAUAAAAUUUGGUGUUACAGAACAUUUUAAGGAGAUAGAUGUGACAAAGAGAAGAAUGAAAUUGCUUGACUUAAUAUAUAAAAUUAAUUUAUGAAGAAGAGGUGGUCCUGAAUAAUGAAGCUAGUUUAUAAAACUGAGGCAUGAAAAAACAUAAACAUGAGGCCCAGGGAGAACUGAGUUCUAACAAUUCUUAGCUGGAGAAAGGAAAUUAAAGUUUAAGAGAAAGACUUUGAAGUAUUUAUUGUAAUUCAAAAGAAAUUAAACUCUUGUGUUUUUAAGAAUUUCCCAAAAAAAGGGUUGUUUGUUUUUGUUUUUUGUUUUUUUGUGUGAUUAGCUGAGCAAAGUUGCCAGAAAACUGCUAUCUUAGUUGAAAUCAGCCAUCAUUUGCAAGUGCAUUUUCCUGAAUGAGCUUCCUGCUCAGCUGUUAUAUAACAGAAUUCUGAUAGUUCCUCUGCACUGGAAGCAUUCAGAAUCUGCAACAUAUAUACCAAGUUUGUGUGGAAGAAAUUCAGACUUAUUGUUCUGAAAAUAUAUUUGUAAUCGUAAAUCCUGAUGUUCAGCUAAUCACAAGACAGUAUCUGCUUUCUAGUUAGAAAACAAUAAAAUCAUAAGAAUUAGAACACAGAACUCAUAUGAAAUUUAGAAGUUUCAUUUGGUCGCAGAGCCCAAAAUGUUUUAACAGCUGCACUAGAGACUGAUUGAAAAUAUUAGUACACUUAUCCAUGCAUGACAAGAUUGAAAUUUGAUUUAAAGCUUUCUCUUUCAUAAUGGCAGAUUCACUGUGUAAGUUUAUUGUACAGGCGACAUCUUUUGGAGACUUCUGCCUGAAUACCAAUUCAACUGCAUUUCCAGAGCAUCAUUUCGAGAAAUAUGUUUUCCCAGAUUUCUUGCCACUUUAUUUAAUUCUUAAAAAGUUGUAUUUCAGCUUUUAAAUCAGAAUAUGGGAUCAUCUUGAUAUCAUCUUCAAAAUGUCCUGUUUGCAGUACAUUAAGAGACACAAUAAACAUUUGUUGAACACCUGAAUGCAUUUAACUUUUUACCUUCAAUCUUAAAAAGUAGAUUCAGACAUGCUAUUAGCCUUCAUGAGCAUGCAUAUUAAUAGAUGGCAUAAAACUGCAAGAGUCAACAUAAUGUGAAAACAUUAUAGCAGCACAGACAUCCCUUUAAAUCAAGGAGAGUUUGGGUGGCAUAGUAGUAUGCAGAGCAGUAUGCAACCUGUCAUAAAAACUAAAAUGUGAAUGAAAAAAAGUAUAGCCUCAUACCCAUAAAUUCUGAAAAGCAGCACAAAAACAAAGAUCUGCCAGAAUUAGUACAUGGCUAAUAUUCUGGCCUCCCAGAAGCUGUACAGGAGGACAAUUCAGUAAGUAAAUUAUGAACACAUGAACAUGAAGUCAGCAUCCAGAGGGGAAAGUGGAAAACGUUCCUCAGGGAUGGAAGUACUUCACUACCAUCCUUCCUUAUUUUCCAAAGGGCUACUGCCACCACGAGUUAGAAGAGGCACUCUUUCUGGGCAUACUUAACCCUUGUGGGCACAAGGCUUAGUAAAUACAAAGAAAUCCGUCCUUUGUACAAUCUCAUAUCAGACAAAUGGCUUAAAGUAAACUGGAUUUCAGAUCCCAUUGUCCUCUCAUAUGUACCUUGAUACAGUGCACAAACCACAUGACUGCCCACUCCUGUUCCCAAGGAAGGGAAAGGUACCAGGAGUGGGCAUUUUGACUGUCCAACUGGGAGGGAGGCAGAUGAGCAACAGUGACCAUGAUCCCUCUGAACUAGUUAUCUCCAACAGCAUUUCUGGGAGCUGGUACCACUACACCUGUCUUGCUACCUGUUUGGUUGUGGCUUAUAAUUGGAUGGUAGUUGGAUUUUAUGACUACCCCAUACACAUUUUUUAUUUUCUAUAAUGUUAUUUGGAAUACCGGACCUGAAUUCACUAAUUCACAUCUAAGGACAGUGCCUUAUAAUAUUCAUAUAUUCAUUGUUACCAGACAGUAACUUUUGUUUUUUUAUUUGUAACAGAGAUGGUCAGCAUUAUGAGUAAAUUUCCUGCCUCUUCACUCCCAUCUCCAAAAGUUGCCCCUGUUCUCCUCCUAACCAAAGAAGAAAAGUAUAAAGAAAAAUUAAAAAAAAAAAAUUAAAAGCUUUUGGCCCUUCCCCUCAGUGGGAGUGGGGAACUUUCAGCAAGGCUUUCCAUCCUCUGCUUGGUUGGUUUGUUGUUUUGUGGUGGAGAUAAAACCCAGAGAGCUGCAAAUGCUAGGCAGUGCUCUACCAUGAAGCCACACACACACACACACACACACACACAUAUACACUUGUUCUUGUUCUGGCUGCUCUUAGAUAUUUCCUGUCUUGGAAGGGCUGCCUACUCCUAACUUGUAUCUUACUGUCUGAGUGGGAUGUUCUGAGCUGGGAGCAGCAAGGAGAUAACAAAAGAGUUCAGAGUGGGGAGGGAUUGGUUCAGAAGACAACCCACAUUGUUACUGAGCACCCAUAAAGCUGCUGCACUAAUCGUGAGAAAGAUGGAAGCUACUUGUAAACUAUGUUUAAAAAAAAAAAAAACUUUAUAAAAG